UGGUGCAGUGCCUGUAAAACUAUCUUCCGGACUGUCUCCAAGCUCGCAAUUGCGCGUGGUUUGCGAUUUCGCUAUCUCAACCUCUCGGUACUGUCGUUGUCGUCGUCGAGGACGCCACAAGAAGUCUGAUCUUUACGGCAUGUUGAUCCUGGCGAGACAGAGCUUGCUGGCGCUCGUAUGCGCAAGCGCCGUCAUUGCGACUCCUACACCUUCCACGCAGGCAGAUACCCUUCUCACCCGCGACCUCGCAAUACGGCAAGACACUAUUGAAAACUGCGAAGAACAGUACACAACGAAGAAUGGACUCGCAUUCAAACUAUACUGCCAGCAGAAUGCUCCCUUGAGCGAUGCGGUUAGAGAAACAACCGGGGCAGGAGUCUGGUUUUACACUGCGACUUGGGAUGAAUGUAUGGAACACUGCUCGCGCUUCUCAGGCGAUGCGUGUUACGGUAUCACCUGGACUUUACCCGGCAAUCACUGCUGGCUGAAAACGAGCAAUGUCUCCACCGAAGCCCUUACACCCGCACCAGAAGCAAUAACCGGCCUCCUUAUAGACAGGAACCAGUUGAAAGGUUUUGAUACCAAGUGCCCAAAUGCAGACUUGUCGGACAAGCCUCUCUCGGGCGUUGAGGGCAUAACAUACACAACACACUGCGGCAAAGUAAUCGACGAGCCACCGCGCUGUUUCGAAGAGUUCGACUGUUUCGACCCGAACUACCGUGCCUUCUACCACACCGAAACCCUCGAAGAAUGCGUCAAAAUCUGCACCGGUCUACACCCCCUCUGCCGCGCCGUAUCCUGGAACCCAGAUCUCACCGCCGGCUACGCAAAUUGCAAGCCCAAAUAUGGCAAUUCGCCCAAAUUCAUCAGUCCCACGGCAAAACAAGGCGUUAUCCACGCCGCCGAAAUCGUCGAAUUCGACAUCCCAGAUAAGAAGUGCCCGGAGCAAAAUACAUACCAAGCCACUGUCGGUGACAAACCGCGUUUUGAUAUUCACUGCGGCAAAACGAAUCCAGGACGCAACAUCACGAACCUCCACACGCACAACAUGACGGCUUGCAUGGAUGCUUGCGCUGCAAGCGACAAAGGAUGUAAAGCCGUCUUAUUCUCAUCCACCCUCGACAGCGGAUACAACAACUGCUACCUGCAAAACACCUCGAGCAUAAUCUCCGACCUCUCCACCUCCAGCUACGCCGUCCUAUCCGACAGCGACAUCCCCUCUUCCUCCCCUUCAAACCCCUCUUCUCCUAACUCCCCCAACUCCCCCUCUUCCAGCGGCGGAAGCAGCAGCAAAGCAUGGAUCGCCGGUCCCGUCGUCGGCGGCAUCGCCAUUCUCGCCGCCCUUAUCUUCGCAGUGUUCUGGUGGCGCAAGCGUAAAGCUAGCAAAGAGGGUGCGGUGGAGAAAGAUGCGCAGACAGCGGGUUACGGAUCGGUGCCUGUGCAUGAUGCGGACCAGAGCUAUUAUCGGCAUGAUGGAGGGGCCCAAGGGAGCAGGGCGGAAAUGUAUACGCCGGGGCAGACGAAUGAGUUACCCGGGAGUAUCAAGUAUGCGCAUAAUGUGGGGGAGCCGCAAGAGUUGCCGAGUUAAAUCGGGGCCGGUUUUUACGUUUCGUGUAAUAGUCUUAGGGAUUUUUUUCUGGGGAGAAGGGGGGGGAGAGGGAGGAUAUGAUACCUUGAUGAUUUGUGACUGGCAUUUGAAAGCGUUUGGCUAUUGUUUAUACAUAUAUAUAUACGUGUACGUGUGU